UCUGUCCAGAUUCAGUGUGUUGUAGUUCUCCUCCUGCCCUGGCUGGGGCAGUGUUCCCUCCAGUAUCCUACUGACUGUGCAGACCUGCUCUCAAGUGGCAGCAGAGUCAGUGGGGUUUACACCAUCUAUCCUGAUGGCGUUAGCUCUGCUGUUCAGGUUUACUGUGAAAUGGGCUGUCAGGACACCAAGGAGGAGGGAGGAUGGACUGUGUUUCAGAGGAGAGUGGAUGGUACAGUGAACUUCAUCAGGCCCUGGAACCAGUACAAGGACGGGUUUGGGAACGCCUCUAGCGAGUACUGGCUGGGAUUAGAGUCACUACACCAGCUCACCACCAACAGGAAGUACGAGCUGAGAGUGGACAUGGAGGACUUUGAGGACAACAGGGUUUUUGCCAGGUACUCCUCCUUCGCUGUCGGAUCAGAGAAAGAGGGGUACAAGCUGACUGUCGGUGGCUUCACCAAUGAAGGCACUGGAGACUCUUUGGCUCGCCACAAUGGGAAAAAGUUCAGCACGUUUGACAAGGACCAAGACAGCCAUCAUACAAAUUGCGCCGACAUUUAUUUUGGGGGCUACUGGUAUGACAGAUGCCAUGUUUCCAAUCCCAAUGGCCUUUACUUGUGGGGCCCUACAAGCCACCAUGCUGUUGGUGUGUGUUGGAAGGCCUUCAAAGGAUACGAUUAUUCACUGAGAUCCAUCACUAUGAAGAUUAGACCUGUGGCUUAGGCAGCUGUUGAAGAGUCUGUGUGUUAGAAGGGAUGCAUUCUGAAGAAGUGCACAUAUUAUUAACUCUCUCUCUCUCUUCCAUCUUUCGGGUGUUUAUGAAGCGUGAAGUGGGUCAUAUCAGUUCCACUGCCCACACAAGCUUACUGGAACUUAAUCAAUAUAAUGAACUUAAUUGGACAGGGAUGCCAUUUUAUUCAACUAAAAUACAGUUGUUUUACCUCUGCAUUAGUCAAUCUAUUUGUGUGUUUAAAGAUCUUUCUUACACGAUGGUCUGUGCAGAUCAAUGUCUUUAUAACUGUAAUGGGUGUGGUGUAUUUCUCGGGGUGUUAAAGCAUAAUAAAAAUCUGAAGCAUAA